CGCGAUGACGCACCGCAGGUUUGCGGACGUGGCGGCGGCGGCGGCGGCGCACGGCCCGGAAGGCAAAGGCGUUGGCUGCGGCGUUGGCGGUGGUGGUGGCGGACAGAGACAGCCGGAAACAGAGGCUCGGCCAUGAAGUGGCCGGGGACAUCAGCAGUGGCGGCAGACCUGAUAGCUGUCUCCUUGCUGCGUGCCCCCUGCUAAUGGGACAGGUAGAUGGCUCAGGUAAUUACCUGGGCCAGAGUCCAGCUUUUCAUUUCGAUUAGAGACACAACCAGUUCUUGAUUAUUUUGAAUACCUAGUUUGUGGUGCAGUAUUCUGCUGCUUGCAUUUCAUUCCAAAGGAGAGUGAAGAGAUAGUGAGACAGAUUUUAACAUUAUGGCAGGAAGGCAUCAGAAUCGUAGUUUUCCUCUUCCAGGAGUUCAGUCGAGUGCUCAAAUACAUGCAUUUGGAAAUUGUACAGACACUGAGACAUUGGAGGAGGAUGCUGAAGUGUAUGAGCUUCGAUCCAGAGGAAAAGAGAAAGUCCGAAGAAGUACAUCAAGAGAUAGACUUGAUGACAUUAUAGUAUUAACAAAAGAUGUACAAGAAGGAGAUACUUUAAAUGCAAUAGCCCUUCAGUACUGUUGUACGGUAGCAGAUAUCAAGAGGGUUAACAAUCUGAUCAGCGAUCAAGACUUUUUUGCCCUUAGGUCUAUCAAAAUUCCAGUAAAAAAGUUUAGUUCCUUGACUGAAACACUUUAUCCUCCAAAAGGAAGACAGGCUUCACGUCAUUCAUCUGUUCAGCACUCUGCAGAACAACAGGAAAUUUUGUCAGCUAAUGAUUCUCUUUCUUCCACUGAGUCAGCUGGUAGCUUUUUAAAAGAAGUAGACCGAGACAUAGAACAAAUAGUAAAGUGUACAGACAACAAGAGAGAGCACCUUAAUGAGGUAGUGUCUGCUUUAACAGCACAACAAAUACGUUUUGAACCUGAUAACAAAAACACUCCACGUAAGGAUCCCUAUUAUGGAGCAGACUGGGGAAUAGGGUGGUGGACAGCUGUAGUGAUAAUGCUGAUAGUGGGUAUAAUAACGCCAGUGUUUUAUUUGCUGUAUUAUGAAAUUUUAGCUAGGGUGGAUGUUAGUCACCAUUCAACAGUGGACUCUUCACAUUUACAUUCAGGAAUCACACCCCCAUCACAGCAGAGAGAAAUGGAAAAUGGAAUUGCUCCAACUAAAGGAAUACAUUUUGGCCAACAAGAUGAUCAUAAACUGUAUAGUCAAGAUUCUCAUUCACCUGCUGCUCAACACAAAACAUAGCAAUUAACUCAUGAUCACAGUGUUAGUGAUCACGUGUGUAUAUCUGGAAUGUGUUGAAUCAAUUAUAUUCAAUAACUACUUCAAAGGCAGAAUUUAGGGAAAUCGAAGAUGCUUUUGCUUUUUACCUUUUGAAAAGUUUUUGAGCCAUUUACAGGUGGAUUGUGUAUAAAAUCUCUACAGUUCUGGUGGUUGAUGUUGAGAGCAGUCAUUCCAUAAAUCUGGUGUAUCAGUGCUUAAAGCAGAAAUGAAUUUAAAUGUGUGCUUAGGAAGUUCUUGGAAGAUUUGUCAUUUUUCUUAUUCAAGACUAGUUAUGUUUAAAUUUUAUUUUUUUAAGUAUUUUUAGUUGAAGGUUAUUAAUGUUAAAUUUGUGAAGCAGAAUAAUGAUAGCAUCAGAUGUCUGCAACUGAAAAAAAAUGUACUACUGUGAACCACCAAAAUAUUUAGUUGCAAAAAAAUUUGAUUCUAAAAUUAUUUAUGAUAGCACAUACUUAACACACCAUUUUGAAACUUUAAAAACAUGUUUAGCACGUGCUAUGAAAGCGUAAGCAGAAACAGAAAUUGGAACAUAAUGUAUGAUUUGUGUAACAGAGGCUAACAAAUAGAUUGUUUUAAGUCCCCAAAAUAAUGUGUUAUGGUUGGGAAGUUGCCAUCUAGUCAUUAGAACACUGGAAUAGUUCAAGACCUAAAGGUAAUUGUUGUCUCUUAAAGAGUGUUUUCUUUAAGAUAGACCCUUUUUUAACCUCACCUCUGCUUCUGUUUUUAAAGCGAUUAUAUUUGCCUCUGAUAUUUAAAAGCACUUUUGUAGUUUGAUAAAAAGUGUUAUACAUGUACAGAUUAGCAUUAUUUAGGAAAUAAUUCCUUACAUACUGUGAUAAAUCCUUGCUGUUACAUACGGUAACAUGCCUUAAUUACAUUCAAUGCCUUAUAUUACUUUUUCUUAGUAAAUAUAAGUUUUGAAAUUAAAAUUCUGCAUUAUUUCAGAUGGCCCAAUCGGAUUCAUUACAUAGGCUAUAUAAAUUCAUCUUCAGUAUCAAGCACAAGUUAAUUGGGUCAAAACAAAUCUUUAUUGUCUGCUUCUGGGGUCUGUUGAAGAAAAUGGUUCAUUAAACAAAAAUAAGAGAGGCCUUUUGCAUUAGCAGUAGCAGACAAAUUGCUUUAUUUAUUGAUGCCUUAACCUCUGUUUUUCAAAGAGAGUUUGUCCAACUUAGACUUCUUUUUUUUCCCAUUAUAGCAUCAAAUUGGGUAACAGAGGCCAAAGAGGUAUGGAUUGGUUGAAAGGGCCACUUUUUAAGAUCUGCUAUGAAUCGGCCGCAGUAUGGCUAAAUAAGAAGCAUUUGCAUAACGACUCCAUUGUUUAAUUUUUAAAAGUAUGUGUUUUAAAAUGUAACCAAAGUGAUUCAAUAGAAAUAAGAUUUGGUGGAGUUUGGAUCGCCUGUUUUGUAUAUAAUAAAGUAUAUAUCUUAAGAUACAUAAUACCACCUCAUUUUCUGGGCAUUAUUUCCUAAUUUUUAAUGUUUCAGCCUUUUAAUCAGUCAUUUUAUAUUUCAAGUUCCAAUCUUGAUACAAAAUGGUGUGAAUAAAUAAAUAUUUAUGAUAAAUGAGGUUUUUUGUACUUUCAGGAGAAAAGCAUCAUUAAAAGGAUAAAGAAGUCAAACAUUAAAGUUCUUGCAUGCAUGAGAGGACCCUAGACAAUUUCCACAAAGUGUUUAAUAGGGAAGUUGCAAUUUGUUUCUUUGAGUAAAUUUCUUAAACAUUUAAAAAGUUGUUUUAAUGGGCUUUGGGCAUCUUGAAAAGUGUGUGAUAUAACUUAGGCUCAGUGUUAACUGGUCACUUUACGUUGUAUUUAUUAAGCCUGCUGAAAAAUCAAGUUUCAAGGAAGAAAAUGCAGAUUAUUUUAGGAUAGAACAGGCUAGGUAUCCUUUGAAGAAAUUUGUUUACAUCAAAUUGAUGAAAUUACAGAGUCAGUGAUUCCUUUUUCUAGUUGAACUUUGCAAUUCAGAUUGGAGGUUUCUGAUUUCCAAAGUAAGUAACUUAAUUUUUAAAGUAAUGAGGCGUACUGUGUACUUGUUGAUUAAAAAUCAUUUAUGUAUGGCACAGAGUAUCCUUUUUGAAGGAAAUAUAAAACAUAUCCUUAUGACACAAUCAGGCAGUUUCCUUUUCCUGUUUGAAUUAUAUUUUUGAAUUAACUGAAUAUGAAUUACAUAAUUCUAUAUGGCAUAUAUAUAGAAUUAUAGAUCUAAUCUUUGUUGAAAAGAAUUUUGUAAGCAUUUAGAAUACUUUUAGCUUUUAAAAAGUACUAAAUACAUUCAAUUUAUAGCAAAUGCAAAUGAAUUUGUAUAACUAAAUAACAAGCACAUAUUGUUUGACAUUGUUUUGUGUUGAAACCCCUAUUUUUAAUUUACUCUGAGGCUUUACAUUUUUGUGUGUGGGCACAUAUGCAAAUGUAAAAGUAAUUGAGAAUCACUGCAUUUGGUUCACUUAAAAAUUUGGUGUUGCAAAUGAAGAAAAAUCUGAUAUUUCUAGGGCAGAUUCUUUUUUUUUUCUUUUUAAGUCUGGGUAGACAUGGU